AUGAGCCUCCCCCACCUGCCCAAUGUGACCAAGGUAUGUCCCGUCCCACUCCAGUUGUGCCCCGGGCUGUUACCGCAUCGUUCGCAGACUGGUGAAGCCCCACAUUCGUCUUGGCUCCGGCUAACACCUUUCGAUGUCGAAUCGUGCAAUCUACUCGUGGUCUGGUGGCGACCUAGCUAUCACGCUACGUAACUAGGAUCUUGGGACAGAACCCUGGGCGGUAUUCCCUUCAGGGUACGAAUACGUACCUCAUUCAUGUCAGUCGAAACGCCGCCAUUCCCCGCUCCUCCCCAAGUCGUAAGCUAACGGAAUCGACCCCUGUGAUGCCAACCCCUAGGACCCCGACCACCCCACCUCCCUGAUCCUCCUCGACACAGCCCAGGGCAUACCUUCCUACCUACCCCUCGUAACCCCCUUCCUCAGCUCUCCCUCCCCCCUAUCGAUCCAAAUCGUGCUCUCGCACUGGCACCAAGAUCACGUCGGAGGUCUGAAAGACGUGUUGGAGGUGUUGAAGGGCCAAAAGUGGACGAUAUGGAAACAUGCUACUUCCGGUGGGGAGGAGGAAAAGGACCAGGAUCGGGAAUUGGAGGAGGUCGUUCGGCGGAUCGUGGAAGGGGGAGACAAGGGGGACGAGUCGGCUCAUUCUGCUGCCGAGACGCUGGUGAAAGGCGGUCGAAUCAGGGCGUUGAAACAAGGCCAAAAACUCAAAAUCGGCAACGUCGAACUCGACGUUCUCCAUACACCGGGUCAUACGACCGAUUCCAUUUCUUUACUCCUUUCCGCACCCGAGUCGGACACGAAGUUAUUCACGUUCGAUACCGUUCUAGGACAUGGCACCGCCGUCUUUGGAGAUCUAGGAGCGUAUAUGGCUUCGUUGAAUUACUUGCUCGAGAAGAUGGGGAAGGAAGGGGAGGGGGAGACGGAGGUGUAUCCUGGCCACGGGGAGACGAUUAAGGAGGGGAGGGCGAAGGUCGGGGAGUACCUUAGACAUCGGCAAGAGAGAGAGGAUCAGGUCGUCGAGGCGCUCAAGGUGGGAAGGGGGGGCGGCGGGAAGGUGCUGAAAGCAAGCGAGUGAGUUUCAGUUGCAUUGAUGUUGAUCAGGAUCUUGAUGCUGACUUGUCUCCCGACUGGGUUUGCUCCAACCCGAACAGUCUGACGGAACACAUCUACGCCUCGACGAUCCCGGACGAACUCAAACCCGCCGCGACGAGGGGGUUGCUGUUGCAUCUCAACAAGCUGGAAAAGGAUGGUCAAGUGCAGAGAAAAGAAGCCCCGGGAUCGGACAAGGAUGAGGCACCUUUGCCGGGGUGGAAUGAUGGAUGGAAGUGGGUCGGGUCAGGGAGUGAACGGGCCAGUCCGAAUGGGGCCAAGAUUUGA